AAAUAAGCGGAGGAGAAGAAGAAGGGACGCAGCCAGUUCAGGGCAGUUCACCAAAACGACUAAUUUACAGCCACACAGCUCCUAACUGUCAGUAGGACACCUUCCAUCUCCUUUUGUGGGGACCCAUUCGAUUACUAAAUUCUAUCAAGAUCGCUUUUCAACGACGUAUUAUUUUCGAUACAACAACUGCUUUUGUCUCACUAUGACUCUAAGGUGAUCCUUAAAUGAUCCGGGUGAUUCUGACUCCUGUGUGAAGCGCACACUUGCCACGACCUGUCAAACAAAGCCCCACUAAAUGCGGCUUUAGUAGCUGGGAAGGGGUCCAGGUUGGUGUUGUGAGAGAGUUAACCGGGGAGAAGGACAGCCUGGUAACUUCACUGCCCAGACACCUAAGUGAAUCAGCAUUUCUCUGUGGGCUUGGUGACUUGUCUGCAGCGUCAUGGAGAAAGAAGACCUGAAGAUCAUCAACAAGGGCGAGGAGGAUGAGAUGGAGCUCCAAGGGUACCGGCUGUGUCGCUGGCGCGUGGCCCUGGUGGGCCUGGGGGUGUUGUGUACUGGGGGCUUCCUUCUCCUGCUACUGUACUGGAUGCCCGAGUGGUGUGUGAAGGCCACCUGCACGCGGACCACCGUCAGAGACGCCCAGGUGGUGCUGCUCCAAUCCACUGACGAGUUCAAGCGCUGGUUCCUAGCGAAGGUUCGAGUAAUGCUAGCCCCAGGAAGACGCCCAUUUGACAGCCUGGAGACCCCUGCUGGGGUCAACGGACACGUACCUAACCCUUCAGACACCCCAGCUCAGGAGUUCAUCAAGAAAUAUGCAGAGUACCAGCCCACUCAGAUCCGCUAUUUCACACUCCACAGCACAAAGUACUACUGGAAUGACGUGGUCCAAAACUUUGAGGCAUUACUAGGCCUGGAGGAUCUGCAGGUCAACUGCUCAACCAUACACUCAGAGCAUAGCACUGGGCUAACUAGUAACCAACAAGAAUACAGGAGACUGUUUUUUGGAGUAAAUGAAAUAUCAGUGAAAGUGCCUUCAGUUUUCAAGCUGCUAAUCAAAGAGGUCCUCAACCCUUUCUACAUCUUCCAGCUCUUCAGUGUGAUCCUCUGGAGUGCAGAUGAGUACUACUACUACGCUAUCGCCAUCGUCUUCAUGUCCGUCAUAUCCAUAACUACCUCUCUGUACACCACUAAAAAGCAAUAUGUCAUGCUUCAUGAUAUGGUGGCAGCUCACAGUGUCGUCCGUGUGUCUGUGUGCCGGGCCAACAACGAGAUCGAGGAGGCCUUGUCCACAGACCUGGUGCCUGGCGACGUCGUGGUCAUCCCUAGCAACGGGACCAUCAUGCCAUGUGAUGCUGUGCUGAUCAGCGGUACCUGCAUUGUCAAUGAGAGCAUGCUCACAGGUGAGAGUGUUCCGGUAACCAAGACCAACCUCCCCAACCCAGGCCAUGCCCAGGGGGACAAGGCGCUGGAGGACGACACGCCGUACAGCACCGAAGAGCACAAGAGACACACACUCUUCUGUGGCACCCACGUCAUCCAGACCCGCUUCUACUCCGGAGAACUGGUCAAGGCUGUGGUGGUCCGCACAGGCUUCAGCACAGCCAAGGGACAGCUGGUUCGCUCUAUCCUCUACCCCAAGCCGACGGACUUCAAGCUGUAUCGUGAUGCCUACCUCUUCCUGCUGUGCCUGGUGGCUGUUGCCGGCAUCGGCUUUGUGUACUCCAUAGUCCUCAGCAUCAUGAACAAGGUGCCGGCCAAGACCAUCAUCAUCGAGUCCCUGGACAUCAUCACCAUCACUGUGCCGCCGGCGCUGCCUGCUGCCUUGACGGCAGGCAUCGUCUACGCCCAGCGCCGCCUUAAACGGAUCGGCAUCUUCUGCAUCAGUCCACAGAGGAUCAACAUCUGCGGACAGCUCAACCUGGUCUGCUUUGACAAAACAGGCACACUGACAGAAGAUGGACUGGACCUAUGGGGUAUCCAAAGGGUAGAGAAUGGCAGUUUCCAACCAUCAGAGGAGAAGGCCUACAAGGAGAGCCUGGUCAAGUCCCAGUUUGUGGCGUGCAUGUCUACCUGCCACUCCCUCACCAAGAUUGAGGGCCAGCUCUCCGGGGACCCUCUGGACCUUAAGAUGUUUGAGGCCACAGGCUGGAUCCUGGAGGAGGCCACAGAGGAGGAGACGUCCCAUCACAACCUCAUCAUGCCCACCGUGGUGCGGCCUCCCAAACAGCUGCUCCCGCCCGAGCCCACUGCCUCCCCAGAGCAGGAUAUGGAGUUGUACGAGUUGUCGUCGGCCUAUGAAAUCGGCAUUGUGCGGCAGUUUCCCUUCUCCUCCGCCCUCCAGAGGAUGAGUGUGGUGGCCCGGCUUCUCGGGGAGAAACGCAUGGAUGCCUACCUCAAGGGGGCGCCAGAGGUGGUGGCCAGCCUCUGCAAGAAGGACACGGUUCCAGAGAAUUUUGCAGGUGUUCUGGAGGACUUCACAAAGCAGGGCUUCCGGGUUAUAGCCUUGGCCCACCGCCGCCUUGAGUCCAAACUCACCUGGCACAAAGUCCAGAAUGUCAACAGGGAUCAUAUUGAAGCCAACAUGGAAUUCCUGGGCCUGAUCAUCAUGCAGAAUAAACUCAAGGCAGAGACCUCUGGAGUACUGGAAAACCUCCGCAAAGCCAACAUCCGUACCGUCAUGGUCACUGGCGACAACAUGCUGACUGCCAUUUCCGUGGCGAGGGAUUGCGGUAUGAUCCCCCCACAAGACAAAGUGAUCAUUGCGGACGCCCUGCACCCUAGAGAUGGACAGGCAGCCAAGAUUACAUGGCGCUACGCAGACAAGCCCAGCCAGUCCCAUGACCUGGACGACAACUAUAGGAAUGUGGAGAUCUGCUUGGAGGAUGUGUGCCACACAGACAAGCCCAAGGCUCAGGAGCAGUACCAUUUUGCCAUGAGUGGCAAGUCCUUCGCCGUCAUUACCGAACACUUCCAAGACCUGCUUCAGAAGUUGGUCCUUCACGGCACGAUUUUCGCCCGAAUGGCGCCUGACCAAAAAACCCAACUCAUUGAGGCUCUACAGGGUGUUGACUACUUUGUAGGGAUGUGUGGCGAUGGUGCUAACGAUUGUGGUGCGCUGAAGAGGGCCCAUGGUGGGAUAUCUCUGUCGGAACUGGAGGCUUCGGUAGCCUCUCCCUUCACCUCGCGCACCCCCAACAUCUCCUGUGUCCCUAGUCUCAUCAGAGAGGGCCGCGCCGCUCUCAUCACCUCCUUCUGCGUGUUCAAGUUCAUGGCCCUGUACAGCAUCAUUCAGUACAUCAGUGUCACCCUCCUCUACUCUAUCCUCAGUAACCUGGGAGACUUCCAGUUCCUCUUCAUUGACAUCGCAAUCAUCCUCGUUAUCGUUUUCACUAUGAGUCUGAACCCAGCGUGGACGGAGCUGGUGUCCCAACGCCCUCCCUCGGGGCUGAUUUCCGGCCCGCUGCUCUUCUCGGUUCUGACCCAGAUCAUCAUCUGCCUGGGCUUCCAGACCAUCGCCUUCCUCUGGGUCAGACACCAGCACUGGUAUGAGAUCUGGACGCCCCAGUCUGAUGCCUGCAAUAUCACCUCCCACGGCAAUUUCUCUCCCGAGCACAACUCCAGCGAGGACUUGGACCACCACAACAUCAAGAACUACGAGAACACCAGCCUGUUCUAUAUCUCCUCCUUUCAGUACCUCAUCGUGGCCAUCGUGUUCUCCAAGGGCAAGCCCUUCAGGCAACCCAGCUACAAAAACUGGCCGUUUGUGCUGUCAGCCUUAAGCCUUUACGUAUUCCUUACUUUUAUCAUGUUCUACCCCGUGGCGGCCAUCGACGACUUUUUAGAGAUUGUGUGUGUGCCGUUUGAGUGGAGAAUCACACUUUUCUGCGUCAUCGUUGUCAACGCUGCCGUGGCGGUCUUCGUGGAGACCUUCGUGCUUGACGUCGUCUUAUGGAAGCUUGUGUUCAGCCGAGACAAGCAAGGCAGCUACGGCGCCACCUCUGCUGCCAGCCCGACACACCAGAGUGGCAUCGACCUCUGGGGCCGGCGGUGUCUGUCCUGGCUGUGCUGUAGACGGAGCACCAUGCCCAAGGCCCUCUACAUGCACCUGGCCCAAGAGCUCAGCGUGGACCCCGACUGGCCCCCCAAACCCACCACCACCACCGAAGCCAAACCCCCGCCACCCGGACCAGAGAACGGCUCUUACCAGAUAACAGGCGACUCCUAGCACCCCCCCGGCCCCCCAACCCCCGCCUACAGUUUUUUUGUUUUUACAAUAGUUGGACCACGACGACAGGUUGUUGAUGAUGGCCAUGGACGACUCUGAAAGUGAAGGGAAAUGGUGGGAAGGAGGAGGAGGAGAGGUUGUGCGACCAGGUCACCUCUGAUGCAUGUCAUGUAGCCAUGUCAUUUCCUCCUCAGAGCCCUCCUACUCUUCCUAAUGUAGGCUGACACGCGUACUCUCAACACGCGUGUUUUGUGUCGACUCCCCCGCAAGCCCUCAACCCAACCUUCUCUGCUGUCCAAUAAAAUAUCUGCUGUCCAAUAUGCACACAUGCACAGUGAUUUGCUUUCGAUAUUGCUUAAUAUGCAGAGAACUGACAAAAUCAAGGGACCUACGCAGGAUUCUGAUCUACGGUCUCUGUGAUUCUCGGCACCCAUAGAUCUUUUAGAGUACUUGUUUUGGUGUGUGUGUGUGCACCUAUCAGACACACACGUACUCUCCAAUUGAGCGGUUACCAAGGGGAUUCGAUGCAUGGACCUGCAUGAAACAAGGUUGAAUACCACCACAGCAUUUCUACAAAACGUUAGAAAUAUAGGAGUCUGCUGUAGCAGCCUGCCUGCUUUAAGGAGCAGAACGUGUAGAGAUGGCAUGCAAAUCGACUUGAGAACACGGGCAGAACCCACGUACAUGAGACCUUCCAAAGCUCUUCUCGAUCUACAAAAUCAUGUGAAUUUAGCCAUGGUCGAAUACUACUGUCUGUCUUUUAUUUUUUAUUUUUCAUUAGAUCUUCUCUUUAGCUUUUUCUUCCUAUGGAAGACCAAUCAAAGAAUCCUACUAGUCAAAGGCCAAACAUUGUGAUUGUCAGUUGCUUGCUGUGCGCACACUCAGUACAGCCACGCCAUGCAGCCGCAUUGUACCAAGGUACACUGCUGUGGUAAUGCAUGUCAGUAUGCUUUAUGGCUAGGAUAGUUGAAAGACCAGGUGAAGGUCCAAGAUAUGUUUCCUGUGCUCUGCUACAUUACAGUAUUCAAGAGACAUUUUCAAUAUCAGAAUUUACAGAAUACCGAACAUGCAUUUUGAUCCACUUACACAAACAGUAAAUGAACUAGUACGCACAUGAUGACUAUUUGCUGCACAGCAAUGAUGAGCGUUUCUAGCGUUCUAACGUUUUUAGAUCAGAUUUCAAGUUGUUGAAAUUCCACCCCACUUGACUCAAUGAUCCAGUAGCAAAGCAGUCAAUAACCUCUAAUAAUUUAAGGCAAAGUAGGAAUUUAUGGACAACGUCCAUAAUGAUCUGUAUUUUGAGUUCACAAAAUUGAAACGGAUUACAUUAUCAGACUUUUAAAGUAAAUCAUGAUAUACACUCAUCAUUCUUUUCCGGUUGAUCAUGAAGCCUAGCUGAAGUGCAGAUCAUGUGGAAAUAAAUUAUGGUUUUGACCAGGACAGUGGUUAAUAGCCAAAUUAUUUCUCUAUGGAAACUGGUUGAUAUUAGCCAGGGGGUAAAAAAGAUCAUGGAGUCAUGGAACAUGAUGUUUUCAUCUGCAGAGAAUCUUGCAAAUAUAUCACAAAUAUUGACAAAUAUAUUGACCAAUGUUGCUUUGUUUUAUUGUAUUCUUUUGUACAGACUUAUGUACAAAAUGGAAAUGGAUAGUGCAAUUAUUAUUAUUUUUUAUCAUGAUGCAUACUUGAACAGCACCCUCAAGAUUGGCACCAAAAUAUUCCCAUUUUGCAGUCCCCAAAGAUUUUAAUACAAUCAAGUUAUUUGAGCAUUUCAUAUAUCUUCCGAUUUCUCAAAAAGACCAACUCCGAAUGAGACUGAAAAACAAUGGACCUCGUGUUAAUAAUAAUAUGAAAACGUUGCUGUAUUUGUUGAGAUGCAUAUUUACAGUAUUCUGCUCAUUUUCAGCAUUCUAUUAUUUAAAACGUCUCCAUUUUUUUUUGUAACAGAGGGCUUUGUUGUUGCUUUUUACUGUUGGUACUGUUUGUCAUGAUACAUUUAAAAUUUCUGUCUGGGUUUUAUGUUUUGUUAUUGUUAUUCAUUUACAGGGCUGUAAUUUGUUGAUUUAGCUGGUUUGGAAUAGAUGCCUUUGGCUUUUCUUUGACGGUUUGAAACAAUGAUUCCGAGGUGGGAUUAUAAUGGCAUCUUGACUGAGAUGUAUUGACUUUGUAACCAAGCACUCGAGCUUUUGUCACUGUAUUGUGUAGAUGGAUGUAUGUCUAUUGAUUGAUGAAGAAGGGAUUCCACAUUAUUGGGCAAAUAAACCAGGCAAAUUAGAUACUCGUAUAAACGUUUUAUUUUUUCAGUUUGUGAAAUCAAGAUGCACAUUACAUGCUGAAGAAUGUGCAAUGCUGUCAGUGUAUUUUUAUUGAUUUACUUUCAAUAUCUAUCCUUGUAAGGAUUAUUUUGCUGCUUGGGGACAAUGAUUAUUUAUCAACUGUCAUAAUGGUGCACCUUUUAAUCCUUUUUGUAAUCCUAAUAUGUUAUGAUUACCAUCAAUCUUGUAAAUUCAGACUUCAUGAAAGCGCUUGAUAGUUUUUGGCUCAAUGGAUUACCAAGAUAUGACAAUAUCAAACCGAUUGAGUGUAUGCUGAGAGCCCUAUGAUCUUUUACAGGUACAUGAUUCCAAGGGUUGACACCUUUAUUCUCUAGAAUUGUAUUUUGAUUUUUUUUUUUUUUUAACAAGACCAUCGAGAGACUUUCAGAACCGAUCAGCCACUAAAAUUGUACAUGUUCCAGUGGACAUUAUUUCCUCAGGGAAAUGUGUAUUUGUAACAAAUAAAGAAAUAAAGUUGAUACCUAACUAUU